CUCCUAUAACACAAUCACACAACCACGUGAAUACUGACUAUAAUAGUUGUAUACUGAGUAGUGACUACGGUGAAAUAAUUGAUAGAACAUAAAGAUUAAAGAACAUCAUCCAUUUGUCCUCUGUUCAGUUAUACAAAAUGCCUGUAAAUUACAAUAAAAAAAAGUUAGGUAAAAAGAUGAAGAAGACUCCAAGUGUUACGUGUCCUCUCAUAAAAGAUCACUGGAAUGACAAGGUAUCAGUUGCCAAGAAUUUGAGUAACUUUGGACUUACAAAUAAUCCUAGCAAAUCCAUUUUAACUGGUUUUGUCAAUACUCAACCACAAGUACAAGGUGAAGAAAUUAAAGAACAGAAUAAAAAACGUAAGAGAGUGGCAAAUCAACCACAAGUUGUCAAACUUUUGGAAGAGCAAGCAAAUAAACCUACAGGAAUCAAGCAGAUAACAUUACCUCCUGGCACGAUAAAGUUCAUCACUUAUCUUAUGGAUAAAUAUGGAGACAAUUAUAAGGAGAUGACAAAGGAUCCGAAAAAUGUUUACCAAAUGACAUGGAAACAAAUACGUGCAAAAAUUGUAACAUUCAAAAGCAUAAAGGCGUACGAGCAUUUAAUGCCAAAGCCAAUAGCCGAUUUAUAAUUUAAUUUUUAGUUAUUUAUAAUCUUAAUUAAAAAACAAGUCGUUUGAAAUUUUUGUAAUAUUUGUUAAAAAAAAAGUAUACACAAGUUGAUUUUUAACAUGACACCACUUAUUUCAGUAAAUAAACAUUUUUUCUUAUA